AUGCUGCCUCUUCCAGAGGCGUUGGGCUCCGUGGAAAAUUCGUCAUCCAUCAUCAUCAUUCUUCCAUCUCACAAUCUCGACGACCACAGCAUCAACAUUGCUGUUUUCUAUGUUUUGAUACCAAGCGAACCGUCGCCCCACCCGUCGCGUAGACACUGCCGGCUAUCACAGUCCAAGUUGCUUUCCCCAGCAGAGGAACCCAAGGAAUCGAACAUGGUACGGAAAGAAUCUCCAGGCGAAGUGCCAUCGAUUGCUUGCAUACGGUGCCGACACAGGAAGAAAAAAUGCGACCACGCCCUCCCGAAAUGUAGCGAGUGUAGACGCGCCGGUUCAGACUGCGUCCGCUUCCAGGAAAGAAAGCCGAGAGACGCGUCUUCGGUUCCGUGGGAAUACGUCAAGGGCCUCGAGGGACGCCUCGCGCAGGUCGAGAAGAAUCUGGCCAGCUGUAUGACAUUGCUCAGGAAACAGGGGAAUCCGAACCCAUCGUCGGCUGGGGUAUCUUCGAGCCAGCAUUCGUUCCAGGGCAUUUCGACACCCGAGUAUCUUUCCCAGGGUAAUUUUCACGAAUCUUCGGCCUCUCCGUCAAAUGGUGCUCUUGGACCUUCUCCCGAUCGUGUUUUGAUCAAAAACGCUGACACACUUCUCAGAGGACAAUCUUUUGCCGACAACUCCCCAUCGCCAGAUGUUUUCUGUGGGAUGCUUCGACAACCUAUCGGCCUACACCAAAGCAACUCUCUACCCAGUGCCCCCUCCGGAGACGGGACCGGCCUAUUUCGAAGGGUCGACUUCGACAGCUACUUUCAAUUUGUUCACCCAAACUGGAAAAUUCUAGACGAAAGGACUGUAGCUGAAUGGUUCCAAAUCUGUGUCGAACAACGAGCGCCGCCCCAUGCUUACCAGUCGUUUCUGGUACGGAUGGUCUGCGCAAUAGGUGCCACAUAUAGCAGCUUCUCUGACCGGAAUUGUCCACACAUCGCACGGUCAAAGACUCUAUUCGAUCAAGCCCUUGGCCAGUACUUUCUAGACACUAUCCAACAACCCAACGAUAUACCAACAAAAGCAUACAUGCUGUUGGUUGUUGGUGCUUUGCACUUCCCCGAUCCCUACCACCUUCAUGACGCUAUGAAUGAUGCUCUUUCGAAAUUGGGCCAGAGGCUAGCUGCCUACGAGCCGGAGUGUUCUUUGGAUUCUACCGACUGUCAUCCACAGGCGGCAUCUGUGGAAAGUCCGGACAAAAACGCUUUGAUGAAGUAUACUUAUGUGCUCUAUGAAUACUCCUCGAAUGUAUGGAACAGACACUGUCCAGAAAUCGCGAGUUCCUGGGACGAAAAGGUUUGGGACAAAGGCACUUUGCUCACCUUUGGCGGCGGAUUCGAUGAUGCCAACUUUGAGCACGCGUUCAACAUCCAGCGCAUACAAGCAAAGAUCCGACGGCACUGGUUGCAGCUGAAGAAGAUGAACGGACAACCCGAGUUCCGGGCUCAGAGCUUGCAGACCAUCAAAGCAGAGUUGGACAACUGGAAGGCAAUGAUACCGCUCGUCGCGAGCAACGUCAAUGAGGCCACCGUCUGCCACCCGAUUUCCAUGCUGAUGCUGUACAACUACAGCAUCUGCUGUCUGUAUCAAAAUGAGAUCGUCGUUCCCACGCUUGACGACUACUCCAUCUUGUUGGCGGCCGCCAGUGAGAACGCGAGGUGCUUCCAGCGUAUCCAAGGGCACCAGCCCAUGAUCUUGUACACCUGGGAUUGGGUGAGUGGACCGUCGUUCUCCAAGUGUCUUUUUGGAUGUCUAACCUUCGUAAAACCUCAGCUAUACUCCCAGUUCACUGUCAGCGUCAUCCUCUUAUCCUGCUUCUGGGGCACGCCAUACAUCUACCGCACGACGGCUUACCAAGCCCCCGACGCCCUCCAGGCAGUCGAAGACUGCGAGCUCACACUGGCACGGUUCGCCCAGCGCUGGGAAGCCGCCGAGAUAUACCUGGAAACGUUCCAGCUCAUUCUAUCCUUCCAAACUCCGGGUCAUCAAUCUGAUACAAUCACUGGAGAGGGGGAGAAUACCGGUAUCGGUGAUUGCGAUGUUGAAGCGAAUCGUGAACCAGCCCGUUGCCGAGCAUACUCAGAUGUACUGAAGAAGCGACGCCUCCGGACGACUCUCGUUGGAUUUCACUUCCAGCUCGAGGUCAUGGUUCCCCACAAAGGCCAGGAAGAAGCCGCCGCAUCAGGGCUGCAUCUCAACGUCGGCGGCAUGGAAACAAGCACUUGCGAGCCCUUGGCUGGGCCAAUUCUUGAUGCAGCCAUCACCCUCUCGCCUUCUCACGCCAAACAUCUGAUGGUUUCGACGACCAUCGGAUCUGUAUUGCUUGCGGCAGUCCUUAGGUAA